GUUGCCAGUUGUCGUUUAUAAAGAGUGGUUUGCUAAUCAAUUUAAUCAGAACAAAAAAAAACACAUCUCUUGAAAAUGUUUUGCAUUUUUAAAAUGCAAUUUAUGUGUCUACUGUUUUUAAUGGGUUGCUUUGUUGCUCUUGUGUACGCUUAUGAAGAAAACGAUAUACAAGUGAUAGUUAAAGGCAAAGAAGUCGAGAUUAGUGUACACGAUAAUCCUGAAGUCAAAACAUUUUUCUUUUCAAUGGACAUUGGCGAGGAGUGCACUUCAGACUAUAAAUUUGUCCAUAACCAUGAAAAGAACAGCACAUUUUUCUAUAAGAUAGAUAUAAACAAAGAACUCCGAAAGGACGAUAGUCUACGAAUUAUCGGGAUCUUUGAAACUAAAGAUAAAGUAAUAGCGAAAACAUACGAUUUAAUCAUUGAUGGGUCUGGGAGGGGAGUCAAGCAAGAUAUUCCAAAAAGGUCCGAUUGCGUCCUAUCUGAGACGAUAGUGAAUUCAAAAGAGCAACCAUGCAGCCAAGUUCUUAUAUUUAAGGAAGAUUUUGAUCUGGGACUUUCCGGUUGGACUUACGAAAGACGCUCACGAAUCUUUGACCCAGUUCCCGUUCAGGAAUUUGUGGCUUAUGUGAAUAAUACUUACCUAUAUAAGGGCCACCUGUAUUUAAACGCAAAUUGGGUUAAUGAUACUUAUUUUAGAUUAGAUGGUUGCACAAGCAAACAUAAUGGAGACAAGAAUAUAUUAAAACGUCAGUGUGGACCACUAUCACUAAGGGGAGGUGUAACAAUACCUCCUGUUCAUUCAGCAAAACUGCAUAGCUCUUUUACCUUUAAAUAUGGACGGGUGGAAAUAAGAGCUAGGAUGCCCAUCGGCGACUGGCUAUUUCCCUAUCUAAUCCUGCAGCCUGAGGGCACAUACAGUGAAGAUAAUUACGUCAAUCAUUUGCGGAUCGCCUAUGCUCGAGGCAACAAAAAGUUACAAGAUAAUAAUGCCAUGCCAAUCGGUGGAGAUGUGCUUUUUGGAAGUGCUGUACUUUGGUCCAUGAAUGGCUCCAAAGAGUAUAUGACCAUAAAGCGAAAUUUGAACGAAGCGCCAUUUGGCGAAAAGUUUCACAUUUACACUUUAAUUUGGCACAAGGACCGCAUUAUAUUUAAGGUGGACGGAUUAAAGUACGGAACAAUAACGCAUCCCGAUGUGCUUCGGACGUUCGACUUAAACGAGUGUUUUAUAGUGUUGGGUCUGACUGCAGGUGGUGGCCUUAACUUCCGACAGGAUUACUUGAUGCCACAACAGGUAAAAUUCAUGAAUGGAUCAGUAAAGGCUACGGAACUUUUUGCUGAAAAUACGAAGGAGAAACCCUGGGAACAGCCCAAUCUGGUUAUUGACUAUGUACACGUUUACACAACUCAUGCAAAUGAAGAAUAAUUGAGAAGUUUACUUAUACGAUGCAUUUUAUAUAUUAGGCAAUAAAGAAAGGCUUAAUAAAGUUCAACGUCAGUACGUUAAAA